AUGGCGACCGAGUUAGCAGUCCAGAGUGAGCGCGCCUACCAAAAGCAACCGCACAUCUUCACCAACGCCAAGGCGACAACCAAGAAGAGCACGAAGAAAGGAAAGGGUGGCCGGAGAUGGUUCAAAGACGUUGGCCUGGGCUUCAGGACACCAAAAACUGCCAUUGAUGGCUCCUACAUUGACAAGAAGUGCCCCUUCACCGGUCUCGUCAGCAUUCGUGGCCGUAUCCUGACCGGCACCGUCGUGUCGACCAAGAUGCACCGGACGCUUGUCAUUCGCCGCGAGUACCUUCACUUCGUACCCAAGUACUCGAGAUAUGAGAAGAGGCACAAGAAUCUGGCUGCGCACGUCAGCCCGGCGUUCCGUGUGGAGGAAGGUGACAUCGUCACGGUCGGUCAAUGCCGGCCUUUGAGCAAGACUGUCCGUUUCAACGUUCUGCGCGUGCUGCCGAGGACUGGCAAGGCUGUGAAGGCAUUCCAGAAGUUCUAA